GAUAUAGAACUGAUUAAUAAAACAUCAGUGCUUUAUCGAGAUAUAAAAACGUCCAUCAUGUGACCCAAUAGUUGGAUUCUGAUUGGACUAAUAGCUCAUUGAAUUAUUAAUGAGUUCUAGAAGCAGUACUAAAACAUUUUCCGCAUGUUUUCUUUUCAAAUAGCUCUGGGAUAUCUAGUCGCCAUACUGUUAUUUUUCUGCUAGGAGGGUAUGAACUGAUAUCGUAUAAAAGUGGGCACACUGUAUCCGUGAAAUUGUAYUAAUUUUUGUAUACUAUCUAGUAUAGUUUAGUAGAGUGAAGUCAAAAAACCCAUGAAAUAGAUUUUACACUAAUACAGCUUAGUUCGCUGUGUUUAUUYAACUCUUUAUAGUUUUGUUUCKCGGGUUUAAUGACUUCAUCUAAAUGAAAUGAAAAACAGCGGUCGUCUGCUUUAGUUGCAGGAACCGUUCAAAUUGCACUAUUUUGAUAUUAUCACUAGUUURGUGCGUUCACWCKAGUAACCAASAAAGCUUGCUGAAAGGCAAACAAUCCACAACAAAUACAACUUUUCUAGUUGUACUGUAAGGCGAUCAUCGAUUUACUAAUGUUAUCGUUUGUUUCUCUUUUGCUAUUUUACGCGGCGAAAUGAAUUGCGUACAGAAUACCUGACUGGAAAUCUCAUGGUUUUACGUAGUGAACUCUCAAAACAGCGCCGCUUGAAAUCAAGAAUUAUAUAUUUUCCAUGUGGAAAAUUAAAGCAAUCUUUUAUAGAAUGAUUUUCCUGUGAACGACUCCAUAACCGAUUUCUAAGGAGUAUUUCACAUAUYCGACGACAAUAAGCCUUUUUCCCGUUCAGUGCGGGCAACCGCUGUUUUAGUAGAAAACAGACUCACUCAGAAAACAAAAGAAGCGCGAAAACUUGUCGACAUCACAACAGCUCUAGAAAUUUGAAUCUUCUCCGAUUUGAGGCUGAGCCUGUAUUCCCAUAAGACCUUGAGUUUUAACAUUCUACAGGCUUAGCCUCAAAUCGGAAAAUGCAAAUUUGCAGGGCUAUUGUAAUGACAACAUUUUUUUGUGCUUUCUUUUGUUUUUGGUCAGGUCUCUGCGUAUUAGAGACUGUUGUCAACUAAAACAGCGCUCGCUGUCAGCAGUCACGACUUAUGAGGUARCCAGAUGAUGGGCUAGUACUUCAUGUAAGACUCCGUAAUAAUCCUACCCUAAUACAGAGUUAUUAAUAUUACCAAUUCAUUGGGUCUUACAUARAUUCAUGAUGAAAUAAGGCUGAUAGACGCGAUUGSGAAUUAAAUUCUUAAAAUUUUACUUGUACUUAAUAAACCAAGUGCCRUGUAGUAUUUUAGUUGCCCAAGAGACGAGUUGUAUUCUGCACAUGUAAAAUACGCCGUAUGAACCAAGCCUAAUUUGUGCCCUGGACUAACGUCUAUUGUGAUGUAAAUUGGUKCUAUUUGUAAUAUUUCAAGUAAACAAAUCRUGGGACGAUUUUUAAAUGUGAUUAUUAUAUCUUACGAUGUAAAAAUAUAGUGUAACUACAUAUGUAUAUAUAUACCAUUAAACGUUGAAUUACCAAUCACUGAAUUCASUCAUGAACUAGACGCUCUUAAAGCCUUUACUCGGGCUAUGCAUGGAUUUGAUGGUUAUUUUGGAGGACUGUUUUUUCUUCCGAUGUUCUUUUUAAAGAAGUUAUUUUAAAACUGGUUGAAUCAACCAAAGAAAUUGGAUUUCUUGGGUGUAAUAUUGAAAAUAGCAAAACCAACUACAGUGMUUUAUCAGAAGCAUAAAGGGGGGUGUGAGUUUCAGUUAUCCCUUUAAGGUAAAAAGUAAAAGUAUAUUUUCGCGAGACAAUAAACUUUCCCUUAGCGGAUUUCGUAUGACUGUGCGAWAAGCAGAGCCUUAUCUUCUCGUAUUUUCAAUGUAUUUUUCUCAAUCUGAACUAACUUCAAGCUGUUACCUUAGCGGUAGUGACAGGUUUUCAAAAAAGUCUUACUUACAAGGGAACAAUACGUGAUUGGGUGGUGAACACUUUUACGUCUUCACAACGUUUUUUAUUGGCUAAUCGGUACGCCAAAGUUAAAUAGUUGGUAAUUAGUCGACCAAGGGAACACAACAUAACUGUAACUGUACAUAACUUUUUAUGAAAAAAGUAGAAUCGACGAUGAAAUCAAGUCAAGUCUGUCCCCAAUCCAACRGCAAUAACAACAAUUCUCUUAGCAAACAGAGUCCURUCGAUGUURGCAUGAGUGAAACAAAGGCUUUGACUUUCAAUCAGUUUUUACAUUCUCUGCCUAAACCUUCAGUGGAGCAAACACGAGUAUGGGUACUCAAAUGCUCUGAACAAGAACAUGACAGCAGUUUAGAUCAGGACCAAACUUUACUAGACUUUUCAUUUUAUGAUCGAUGCUCAAUAACCGAACCUGAAGAAACGACAAAGCCCACGGGAAGGUUGUUUGUCCGGUUSAAAACAACGACWAUGAGUUCGGUAAAAAAAGAGUCAGAUGGUAGUGAACUGCUAUKGAAUAAUGAAAAAGGAGGAGUUAUAAACCCUAUCGAUACUCAACAAAAAACAAGUCACGGGAGAUUCGUCCGAGAGGAAAAACUCCCAUUACUUGGGCCUUCACAACGUAGAAACUCCUCUUCAGAAAAGGAGCCGUUUUUCUCUUCCUCUUGGUCUGGCUGYUGCUAUUUGAAUGCCGAUCAAUUUCACAAGGAACAAAACGAGUUCGCUUGCGGUUGGAAUACUUGUGACUACAAAGAAAUAUCGGUGGACAAGAUAUUCCACCAUGUCCUACAUUCACACCUCCAUCGUACAACUAACUUUCGUUCGUCUCGCUGCCAUUGGCGAGGUUGUUCAAGAGACGGUAUUGUUAAAUCGUUUAGCAAUAGACAUCAGCUGCUCAUCCAUGUGGGAAUUCACUGCCAAAGGUUAAAGGAACCUAAUCCCUUCCAUGAUGUGCCGACCGAUGAAACGUUUCUGAAGACGAGACAAAGACUUCCUAGCACGACAAACUCUGUCCAGACUCUGCUGGGAAUUCCACGACGACUUUUUAAAUUUGGAAGAUCAGCAGAGCAACCACCCCAUUAGAUCAGCACAACAACUUGUCUUUAGUUUGUUCUAUAACAAUAACACUUUAACAGGAACACAUAACAGCAUCUUCUAUGGCUAUUAUCUUCUACCUGGCUAUUAUCAAACUUUAUUUUUCAAACGAAUGAAGGUAUUUCAUACUUGUUCAAACCCUCCCACACUGAAACUUUUAAACGGCCGUGGUACCAAGKUAAUCGAACUCCAUAUUCCUCAAAUAUUCAAACAAUAUUGUAUUGGAAUUUUUUUAAACAUAUGUAUUCAUUUKCAAUUCAUUAAAGAAAUAGCAGAGUUUUAUGAUAAAGUGUACUUUAAUAAACUCAAAUCUUCAAAACUAGCUUAGUUUUAGCUUUA